GAGGGUGGUCCAGUCUUUCAGCAGUCUCUCGCGCUCUCUCUCUCAGUCUCUCUCGCGCGCUUCCUCCGCAUCACUCCGGAUUUUUCCCCUCGUCUCCUCCGCGCGCUCCCGCGGGUCCAGCCCCGAGCCUCGAGCCCCGCGCGGCGAUGCGCCUCCACCCGGAGCGACACGGCGGGCAGCGGGCGGGAGUGAUGGCGCGCGCGUGACGCUGUAUGGAUGGGCAGCGCUCUGUCAGCGGGGGGAGGCCGGGAGGCUGCGCGCGGACGCGGAGAGGGGCAGCAGCAGCAGCAGCAGAGGCGCGCGCGGACUGAGGCUGCAGCUCUGAAGCAAGAGCACAACCACCACCAUCAGUAGCAGCAGCAGCUCCUCUAACACCACCAACCAACAGCGAGGAGAUAGGAUCAGCUCCAGUCCGCAGAGUCUAAAUGAAGUUUCCCAGCCAUGCAAUGUUCCUGGAAGGCUGUGAUCCUGCUAGCCUUGGCCUCCAUUGCCAUCCAGUACACAGCUAUCCGGACCUUCACCUCCAAGCCUUUCCAGCUCUGCCCUGUGUUGAUCCCGCAGAACUGCGGCCUGGGGGCGCAGGAAACCGACACGCCCUUCGAGCGGGGGUGUGACGAGUACGCUUACUUCAACGCCUUCAACGCCUCGAGAAAGACCCACGUCCUCGUGUUGGCCACCACCCGCAGCGGCUCGUCGUUCGUGGGGCAGCUGUUGAACCAGCACUCGGACAUCUUUUACCUGUUUGAGCCGCUUUACCACGUCCAGACGGCUCUGAUUCCUCGCCUCUCGCACAGUCGCAACACCGCUGACAGGCGAGUGAUGCUGGGGGCCAGUCGGGACUUGCUCCGGAGCCUCUACGGCUGUGACCUGCACUUUCUGGAAAGCUACAUCAAGCCAGCACCGACCAAUCACACCACAGACAAGCUGUUUCGCCGUGGGGCCAGCAGGGCACUCUGCUCCCAGCCAGUCUGCGAUGCCUUCAGCCCUGCGGAGGCCAACGUGGAAGAGGGCGACUGCGUGAAGAAGUGUGCAACGCUCAACAUGACCCUCGCGGCCGAGUCCUGCCGGGAUAAGCGGCACGUAGCUAUAAAGAUCGUGCGGGUCCCUGAAAUCGGAGACCUGCGGGCUCUGGUGGAGGACCCACGUCUUAACCUAAAAGUGAUUCAACUGGUCAGAGAUCCUCGGGGGAUUCUAGCCUCUCGGAUCGAGACCUUCCGGGACACCUACCGAUUGUGGAGGAUCUGGAGGGCAACAGGGAGGAAACCCUACAACCUUGACUUGACUCAGCUGACGGUGGUAUGUGAGGACUUCCUGAGCUCCGUUUCUACAGGCCUCAGCCACCCUUACUGGCUUAAGGGGAAAUACAUGGUGGUGCGAUACGAGGACUUAGCAAGGAACCCACUCCAGAAAACCAAGGAUAUCUACGACUACCUUGGGCUAUCUAUGGACAAAAAUGUUGUAGAUUGGAUCCAAGCAAACACCAGGGGGAGUAACGAGCUCUCGGCCAAACACAAAUACGGAACAGUGAGAGACUCUGCAGCCAACGCCGAGAGCUGGAGGCUCAAGCUGUCCUUUGACAUGGUGGACUACACACAGACUGUAUGUCAAAAGAUCCUACACACACUGGGCUAUAAAAGCGUCAAAUCUGCAGAGGAACUGAAAAAUAUGUCUCUCUCGCUUGUGGCAGACAAAGUUUUUGUACCGUUUUUAUAACAAAGAUGGUUGUGAAUGACUAUUUUUGAUAUAUUUAUAAAUGUUGCCUUAUGAUCGAUGUUAAGAUUAUUGAUUAUUGUCCACCCUCUCCUCCAUUUACUGUUUGAAUUUGCACUAAAUUCCAAAAUCCUUGAAUUCAUGUGGAUGGAGUUCCUUAUUCAUCUAGAAACAAUAGAGCACAAGUAAAUUGAACCGAGUUGCUUUAACAAUUAAAGGUACAAGUGAAUGUUGUCCUAUAUUGCGAGGGUCUUGUCGGCUCUGCAAAGAGAACGGUGAUUGAAAACACAUAGACCAAAAUGUGGCAGAGGUAGUAACACACUGUAUGAGAAACAACUGUGCAAUAAAUUGUGAAUGUCGCAGUCCACCUUUAACACUAUGGUGUAUUUCUACAGCAGAUAGUAAUAGAAAGGGUGCGUCUGAAAAAGAGCACCCCUCCGCCGCGGCGGAGCGCGACUGCGCGGCCCCGUGUCACAUCGCUGAAUCAGUAGAGCUUAGAGACGGAGUGGAAUAGAGGUCUUCUGGCGAUAUUCGGCGGCGUCUCGCAGGGCUGACGAACGCCCUGAAAGUCAAAGAUGUGCAAAUGUUACAUGAGGAUGUGAGGCUGCAGUGUUGACGGCAGAGUGCUGCCCAUUGAGAUGCAGAGAGCAGGAGCAGAGGGCUUUGAUCUGCCUGCCUGCCGUGGCUAGAAUCCCGUGUGCUCUUUCCCCGGAGUCUCGGGGGUAUUGGAUGCGUGCCUCUAGGAAAGCAUUUCUCUCUCUGAAGGUGACGGGGAAUAUUGAUGAUAUGAGGGGGAAACAUGCUAGUUGGCAACUUUUUUUUUUUUUACAGCCUGCUAACAUACUGUCAGUGUCACGCGAAAACUUUUUAAUCUUUAAAAUGCUUUACUAGGAAAAGGAAAAAGAGCUAACGGAUGAUUUUGUUCCAAGUAAUGUUGGAGCUGUUUUAUUUGUUUAUUUGUCAUGAAAUGUGGGCUGAAAGUAAAGAUCAACUGCAAUUUUUUACAAUUGUGUCAGAGGCCAUGAAGUCACUGGUUGACUUAGACACACUUAUCUAAAGUCUCCCUUUGAUCAACUCGUAUUUCUGAGGAUUUUCUUUUACAAGCUACUGCAGACAAGGGAGGUUGAGGAAGUGUUUCAUAUGCAGUAUCCAUAUACAACUCAGAGACCUAUAGUAUU